ACUCAGAAUCUUCUCAGUUACAACCAGCAUAAGAUACAUCUCCUCUUCAACAUGGCCUACAGCUGCUGCUCUGGAAACUUCUCCUCCCGCUCCCUUAGGAGCUGCCUGCCCUCCUCAGGAUCCUGCCGUGGCUCUUCCUACCCCAGCAACCUGGUCUACACCACUACCACCUGUUCUCCCAGCACCUGCCAGCUGAGCUCCUCUCUGAACACUGGCUGCCAGGAGACCUGCACUGAGCCCAUCCGCUGCUCUCCCAGCACCUGUCAGCUCAGCUCCUCUCUGAACACUGGCUGCCAGGAGACCUGCAUUGAGCCCAUCCGCUGCCAGAGGUCCUGUGUGGUGCCCAGCCCCUGCCAGAAGCCCUGCUACUACCCCAGGAGCUCCACACCCUGCAGUUCCUGCCAGGGCACAUAUGCUGGCUCUCUGGGCUUUGGGUCCAGAAGCUGCAGUUCCCUGGCCUAUGGAUCUAGAAGCUGCUACCCAGUGGGCUGUGGAAACAGUGGCUUUAGAUCCCUGGAUUGUGGAGUCUAUGGCUUCCCUUCCCUGAGUUAUGGGUCCACAUUCUACUACCCAGUGUAUGUGGCUUCUACAGGAUUUCAACCUUCUUGUUAUAGAUCAGUCUGUGGUACUGGCUUCUAGAAAUUAAAGUUAACUCUGUAUUCUUACAAUAUCAAAAUCAAAUUCUCUAUGUUCACUAUUCAUCGUAUAUAAUUUUCCUUUUCUCUUUCCAGUAACAAUUUUUUUCUCUUCUACUUUUGUUAGAAUCUUAAUGUGUAAUCCCUCGUAUGCCUUAAAUAUUAUGCUAUUGAAAUAUCUAUACCUAUAUCUCUAUCUAUCUAUCUAUCUAUCUAUCUAUCUAUCUAUCUAUCUAUACACAUAUAUAUGUAUAUAUACCAGCUAUUUAGUGUUUAUUCAAACCUAUUUGAAAACUGAAAUUUUAUUCCAAUAAAUUUGUGCAAUCUGA